ACCCAUAUUUACUGGUCUAUCAAAAUGAGGUAAGAUUCAAUCAGUAUAUAGAAAAUAAACAAAUGAACAGGAAAACACAUGAAAAGUACAGAUGAUUAGACAACAGAUGACUUUUGCACUUGGAAUAGACUACUAUGUACAUUCACCAAAAAUAAUAUCAACAUUAUUAUUACAUAUGUUUUGGAUUUUGCAUCAAAUGGACUGUAAUCAAGACGUUGGAGUAAGAAAAUUACGUUUACAAAGUUUAGAUAUUGGAUCUUGUCUACCAGAAGGUGAUUCAUUCUGCACCCAACGUGUUCCAAACAGUUUUUGUUCAAUAAAGAAAAAUGAAUGUUUUUGCAAAUUUGGUUAUUAUUCAGUUCAAGAAGAUGAAGGGAUUACAUGCAAAACAUUGUUAACAAAUCAUAAAUGUCAGUUGGAUAGAGAUUGUAGUUAUGUCAGAAACAGUAUUUGCCAUCCAGGAGCUGGUGCAUGUAUCUGUCCAUCAGGAACUAUUUAUGUACCACAAGAACAUGCUUGUAGGGUCUACAUUAAACAAUAUUCAAGUGGCUUUUGCGGUAAAUGCAGAAAAUAUCAUGGGAUCUGUUACCAAAUUGAAGAAGACUGGAGAAUAUUGGACAGUUCAACAGUAUUAUCUAACAGAUACAACAGAAGACUUUCUUAUGGAUGUAAAUGUCCGCACAAUACAAUUACCGUUGACAUGAAUUCACUUUGGGAGAAUAUUUCUAGCGUCAAUCCAUUUCAAAGAUCAAAUAGUAAUCAGGUUAUCCAAGUAUCAAGCGACAGUGAUUUGUCAGUCCAUUCAGAAAUGCAAGUUGACAAUGCCUUCUGUCGAGGUUUGUUGGUCGACAUCAAAAUGUAUUGUAAUCAAGUCGAUAUGGUGUGUCGGUCGUCGAAAGCUAUCUGCUCAACUGGAAAACAUAUUAAUAACAUUUAUAUUCCACCUCAGUGUGUUUGUCAGGAUGGUUAUUUACCAGUCUAUCAGAGUUACUUGCAUUAUCACGACUGUGUUCCUAUCUGUAAUCAAUGUCCUCCAGUGAAUAAGUUUCUGUAUCAAGAAGAUUGUGCAUGUCAAGAAACUGUUUGGCAAAAUGACUUUAAUACCUUCCCUAAAACCAAUGAUAAUAUCAAAAGCAAUUUGUUCUAUUUUUCCUACGCUGAAGAAAACUUCACAAUCUGUUACAAUGCUUCAUUAAAACACCAAAUAAAAUCAUCUUUCUUCGUAAACAAUAACAUGAUACAAACUGCUGUUUUCAUGUCUAAUCAUUUAAAUUCAGCAUAUCCACAUGAAAACUGCCUUCUUAAUGAAUAUAAUGAAGAGGGAGCUGGGUGUAAAACGUACAAUUUAUUGAAACAUGACAUUUUAUCAUAUUGUGCUUCCGUUCAAUACCACCAAUCUCCAAGACAAUUUGUUCUCAAAACUUUUAUCAUCGUUUUAACUCAAAUGGCAGUUGAUUUCCUUUCUCAGUACAAAGUACAAUAUUCCAUUUCAUUAACAUCAACAUGGAGCAAAGAGAACACGUCAAUCAAUUCAGCUGAAAUCAAGAUAAUGGAUUCUCUGCACAGAGAUCAGAAAAACAGUGAAAUUUAUUAUGACCUUGGUGAAAAUUUGAAAUUUGGAAUACAAGAUCCAGUCGAUGACCAAAAACUCCUACAAACUGUUCUGUAUACAGGAAAACCCACACAUUUAUUCAUAAAUUUUUACCAUCACAAUAAGUCCUACAAAUAUCUGGGUAUCGAUCAAUGUUCAAUGUCCGAGUUGUUGCCAGAUACAAGGCCACACGAAACUAUAAUUGUGCAAAGAAAUUGUCUACUCCAUCCGCCUGGUUAUCGCAGACAAAUAAAAUUUAAUUCAAAUCAACGUCUAACCUACGGAAAUUUUAAAAUGUCGCCAAACUAUUAUCUUUCAGUCAGUAGUAUAGAAAGAUUGUCAAAAUAUUCUUCCACAGUCAACUUAUUCGAUUCUACUUCAAAUGUCAUGAAAACUAAGGGUAAGGAUUCAAGUGAAUAUUAUGCAAAUGUAAUAGAAUUCCAAAUUAAUUGUAUAUUCCGUGUUUGCCAACAGGACAGAUGGUGUACAUGGCCUUCCUUCUGCAGUGACUUUACGCGACGAAUGAGCAAUGAACCAUUGCACUUGCAUAUGUCGAAAAGUUAUGCUUACCCGGAGGUAUACACGAUAACUAAGACUGUCAACCUUAAAAUUUCCUGGAACGAUUCAACUCCUUCUUCGACAUUUCCCCAAAUUAAACUUACAGAUUCCAACUGCAAGUCAAACACAGUGUGUAUCAGAUUCUCUACCAACCUAGGAAUUUUUAUUGUCUGUUUAAUCAGCGGAGUCAGUUUCAUCACCCUAUGCUAUUAUCUUCAUUAUUUCAGCUGUCGUGGUUGUUGUACUCGAUGUUUUUCUCCCAACCAACGUAAUAAAUGCGGCAAUGAAGCCAAGGAAGCAAAUCCAGAUGGAAGUUAUAAAUUUGCACCUUAUCAUUUGUGCAACAACCUACUGAUAAAUACUGAUGGAAAAUAUACUACUCAUCCUACUAUACGUAGUAGUGUUGGAAACGUCUGGAGUAAUGAUAAUAUGGGUGAUACGGAUGGAAUAAAAAAUGACAGCAAUGUCAGUAAUAGCGGAUACCAGCAAGAUUAUCAUGAGCAGCAACAGCAGAAAAAGCAGCAGCACCAGUGCAACCUGAAGAAGACUGGGGAGCCAGCCGGUGAAAUAACCUUGAACUGGAAUAAACUUGACGCAGUGCAUUAUGGAAAAAACACCGCUGUCAGUGAAUCACUCCACUGUUCACGUAAAUCUAACGAAAUCCAAAGACAGUGCUCCCAUCUACCCGGUUAUAAUGAGAUAAACAAAACAAACAUGAUAUCAUUGAACUCUGAACUACAACAAGAAUGUGUUCUAUCGCUGACUUGUUCACAGAAUUCGUUAUUAUGUGCUCAUCCGGAUCAGUGGACAACAGUUGUCGAAUCUGGAAAAAUUCGCGAACCAGUGUACAAAACUGCAUACAUGCAGUACAAUAAUAACUUCUAUGGCUCAAGUUCCGUCAUUUUCACAAACAAUGCACAGAUUUUUAAUGAUGGUGAUAAUAAUAGUAGUAAUAAUAAUGAACAAGAAUUAAAUGUUUGAGGUGUGCUAUAGUAUGUAUUUAAACACCUGCUGACUAGGCAUAUUGAACGAUGAAUAAAUAACUCUGUCUUCAAUAGACUUUGUGCAUAUUUCUUCAGUUGCAAUGUCAAUUUCGAAUGUCUGAAAGGAGGCGUCAAUCAACGAGAACAGAUCACUUCGACUAUUUUGUAAACUAUAAUGAAUUAUUUUCAUUCACAAUUUCAACGAAAAUUAUCUCAGAAAGUUAAAAAAGAUCUUUUUCAGUUUGCCGUGUUUUAUCUGAAUUAUGCAGGAGAAAAACUCAACUCACCAAUAAUGCUACUAACUAGAACAUUCAUCCUAACCCGGUCUCUAUUAUCGAAAAAUAUUAUCUCCGUGAAAUGAUUUCCACAUUUCUUCAGUAGCAAUUUCUGCAUAUAUUCUUAACGCGGAAACUUUAAUUUGCUUUUCCACUUUUACUUUCAGACAAACACAAACUUGAACAUUGAGUAAUCUUACACGCUUAACAUUUUAAGUAGUGCGCCAUCUUGUGAAUACAUUUAUUUGAAUGCAAUGAUAUCAAUGGCUCUAUUUCUAUAUUUAUUCAGUUCAGAAUAAUAUGAACAAGUGAAUGUAACACAAUCCUGUUACUGAUUUAAACACCAAUAUUACAUCAGUUACUGAAAUUAGGAUAACGUUCAUUUAAUGUGUAUUUGGUGAGAUGGUUAAAUAUACUGAGGCUAUAAAAUCGAUAUUGUAAUGACAGUUCACUGUAAUUAUAUUCACUAAUAUAAAUGUAUACAGCAGUCAACCUUCAAUAUGAUUAGUGAUUAUUUUCAAGGUUAUUACAAAUAUGGAAAUCAACCAACCAAAUGAGAUUUACUUCACUGGACUAACUUCUUCACACUUUCUAUGCUAUUCUGUUUUUCUUUUUUCCCUUUGAAUCG